GGGACGGAGGCUCCGACCAGCUCAGACGAGCGCUGCCACCAAACGCAUCAACUGGCUGCUUAUGAGAGGAGCAUAAUCCUGCUUCUGGGACACAAUUAAUAUAUUUAUCACCGAGGAUAAUUAUGUGAUUUAUUUUUGCCGGCUGAUUAAUUGUUUCGGGUGCCUUGCGAGCAACAAUCCCCGCCGAAAAACGGAGUGGAGGCAAAUUAUUUUUUGUUGUUUUUGCAACUUCUCACACAAGGACUGAAAUCGUAGCGCUGCUUCACAGUCAGAUACUGUGGGGAAAAGUGACAUGAAACGUGAGGACGGACAAGUGAGCAUUUUGGAAACAAGUUUGGAACAAAUCGGAGCACAUAACCAUUCUCAGUUACUCACAGUUAUAGUAGAUGUGCGGCGUGCAAGAGACUGAACGAGACUUCAACAUUUCAGCCACAAACUGAGCGCCUGAAAGCAUGGACCGGAGCGCACGCUGCCAGCAGGAAAACAUUUCCGAACCAUCUCGGGAUCUAUGUUUUUAUUAAACUGUCCAAACCUAAAAUGAGGAAACGAUGGUCUUGCAUCAGAUAGUUCAGUAAGUUUUUUUUUUCACUCUGAUCUGACACACAAACGCCAUCCUGGUCACAUCACAGACUUUUUAAUGAAAGAAACUUGCGGUACUGGUGAACGUUUGGCCUAAUUUUUCUUUAAAUCAAGAGGGGAGAAUGUGUUCAACUGCUAAACUGAGCCUCAUCUCUGUGCUGCUGGUCCUGUGGAGCAAUGGGGGUUCAGCCAUUAGCUCAAUAGACCCCGACUGGUCAGGAGAAGGGAGAUGUCAACACAUCAACAUCCCACAGUGUAAAGAUAUCGGCUACAACAUGACUCGCAUGCCAAAUCUCAUGGGCCAUGAUGACCAAAAAGAGGCAGCCAUAAAGCUGCAAGAGUUUGCCACGCUCAUACAGUUUGGAUGCCACAGCCAUCUGAAAUUUUUUCUGUGUUCACUGUAUGCUCCCAUGUGCACAGAGCAGGUGUCCAACCCCAUCCCAGCAUGCAGAGUAAUGUGUGAGCAGGUCAAGCUGAAAUGCUCACCCAUCUUGGAACAGUUUAAAUUCCCCUGGCCUGACUCUCUGGACUGCUCCCGGCUGCCGACCAAAAACGACCCCAACAACCUCUGCAUGGAGGCGCCCAACAACGGCUCAGACGAGCCUCCCAAAGUCUCCCACACCCAGCCUCCAGAUUUCAGGCCACAGCGGCCUCUGAGCGGGCAGGACCUGCACCUAAAAGACAGCAGCAGCAAGCAGACAUGCAGCAACCCUGGCAAGUUCCACUACGUAGAGAAAAGUGAGUCCUGUGCCCCCAAGUGCUACCCCAAAGUGGAUGUAUACUGGAGUCAAGGAGACAAGCAGUUCUCCCUUGUGUGGAUGGCCGUCUGGUCCAUCCUCUGCUUUGUCUCCAGCGCCUUCACCGUGCUUACUUUCCUCAUAGACCCGCAGCGUUUCAAAUACCCGGAGAGGCCGAUCAUCUUCCUCUCUAUGUCCUACUGUGUUUACUCUGUGGGCUACCUCAUCCGACUUUUUGUGGGAGCUGACAGAAUAGCCUGCGACAGAGACAAUGGGGUCCAGUAUAUUAUCCAGGAGGGUCUGGAGAGCACCGGCUGUACCAUUGUGUUCCUCAUCCUGUAUUAUUUUGGCAUGGCCAGCUCCCUCUGGUGGGUUAUCCUGACCCUCACAUGGUUCCUGGCUGCAGGGAAGAAGUGGGGUCAUGAAGCCAUCGAGGCCAACAGCAGCUACUUCCACCUGGCGGCGUGGGCCAUCCCUGCCGUGAAGACUAUCAUGAUCCUGGUGAUGAGGAAGGUGGCAGGGGAUGAGCUGACGGGAGUCUGCUAUGUGGGCAGCAUGGAUGUCAAAGCUCUCACAGGCUUUGUGCUUAUUCCCCUCUCUUGCUACCUUAUUAUUGGCACUUCUUUCCUGCUGUCUGGCUUUGUGGCCCUCUUCCACAUCCGGAAGAUUAUGAAGACAGAGGGGGAGAACACAGACAAGCUGGAGAAGCUGAUGGUUCGCAUCGGGGUCUUCUCCGUGCUCUACACUGUCCCCGCCACCUGCGUCAUCGCCUGCUAUUUCUACGAGCGGCUCAACAUGGACUACUGGCGCAUCCUGGCAGGGGAGCAGAAGUGUGUGGACAGCAGCGGGCCGGAGUCUGACGAGUGUGUCAUGAAGACGUCCAUCCCCGCUGUUGAGAUCUUCAUGGUGAAGAUCUUCAUGCUGUUGGUGGUGGGCAUUACCAGUGGCAUGUGGAUCUGGACCUCAAAGACCCUGCAGUCGUGGCAGAAUGUGUUCAGCAGGAAGCUAAAGAAGAGGACAAGGAGGAAGGCUGCCAGUGUGUUCACCAGCAGCAGGCCUUACAUCAAACCUCACCCAUCUCUCAAAGGGCACAGUACUAAGUAUGAGCCUACACGGCCCCCUCCCACAUGUGUAUGAGCUGGCUCUCUUUGUAUAAACCCAAAAAUACUUGUAAAGCCCUUACCUAAACGAGACUUUGUAAUCAGAGUGCCAUCAAAAGAAACACGGUUCAUGUUUUAUUUAUGCAAGCUGCAUUGAAGAUAAUGCAACAUGAGGUUUUUUUGUAUCUUGAGCCAUCUCAUGCAACAAGAGCUGCCUUUGAGAAAAAAAAAAUCUGCUACUCCUGGAUUCACUUAUCCUAUUGAGGAACUUGGUAGAGAAAAAAAAACACAUUGUUCCCAAGACAAAAAGAGUGGAAUAAACCAUUUGGAUGUGCCAUGGGGUUACUUGAAUAAUGUGCAAUAGAUGUUUUCCUUACAGGCAAAAAAGACACUUGUACUGUGACAGAUUACAGACAAUGAAAAGGACCCCACAGACAAUGGAGGCAAAUGGUCAGAGAGAUGAGUGUUGUGUUUGGAGGCUUUUUAAUGGAAAUGGAGGCAGUGUCAUAUAUAUUUGAACUGGAGUGAGAGCAGCUGUUGAAACGUGCUCAAGACCUUAUGAACUGCCCAUUGUGAGGCAAAUCCAUGCCAUAAAUUAAUCAAGCACUCGUUAUUGAAAAGUUAUUUGUACACGCAGUUGAGUUUUCCAUUUUUUUUUUCUUUGCUGUUUUAUAGCACAAGGGAACGUUUGUAUAUAUUUCUAAAAGUUCAGAUUUUAUAGAAAAAUUAAUAAAACGUUCUAGUUUUAAA